AUGUCAUCAUCCGGUUUGCAAAGACGUCGAGGUGCCAAUAAGCAGAGCACACCAAAACCAAGAUCUUCCAGCUCCUUCGAACUGGACAGGAAUAUCACAAACACCGUCAGUUCGGAUCACAAAAUAGGCUAUGACGAUAAAGACAUAAAAGAUCGAAGCGAAUUAAAGACUCCACUUUUAACCUUAAUGGAAGAGGUAUUGCUCAUGGGGUUAAAAGAUAAGGAAGGUUAUUUGUCGUUUUGGAACGAUAACAUCUCAUACGCUUUAAGAGGCUGUAUUUUGUUGGAAUUGGCCUUCCGUAAUAAGAUCUCAUUGGUAAACGAUCCUGCAAGAAGAAGAUUUGAAUUAAGUGAUCGACUCGUUGAAGUCAUUGAUGCGGAGCCAACAGGUGAAGUUCUCUUAGAUGAGGCGUUGAAGAUCAUGAAAGGUGACGAGUCCAAUUUAUCUGUUACCAACUGGAUCGACUUGUUAAGUGGAGAGACAUGGAAUUUGAUGAAAAUAAAUUACCAGUUAAAGCAAGUACGAGAGAGAUUGGCCAAGGGCUUGGUAGAUAAGGGAAUCUUGAGAACUGAAAGAAAAAAUUUCUUUUUGUUCGAUAUGGCCACCCACCCUGUAGCCGACAAAUUGUCCAAAGAAUACAUCAAAAACAGAAUUUUGUCGCUUCUUGUUACAAGAACCACUGACCUUGAUUCGGUUGCCAACGACCAAUUUCCAAAGGAUACGUCCUUUAGAUACUUGAGAACGAUAUCGUUGGUUUGUGGUGCUUAUGCAGCAAAUGUCUUGGAAAACGUGUUGAUGUCAUUAAACUAUGAUAAGAGGGAUCAGGCAUUUGCCAGGGCAGACGAAAUUUUAGCAGACUACAGCGAGUUUCCUUUUAAUUUGUCCCACCAAAGUCCAUUGGGUGUGGGUUUGAACUUGGGCCAGGAAGUAAGCACAGAGAUUGAAAAAUCAUCGGCUUCAGAGUUGCAAUUGGAGUUGGUUGCUGCAGUUUUAAGUGUAUUCGCCAGGAUGGAUUCAAUUCUUUAA